UCUUUACAGUCUAAAACUAAAGGGGAACAAACGUGUGUGUGAUAUGUUUGUAGCUACACCAAAAAGGAAACAUUUUUUCGAAGCGUAAUUUACCAAAAGCAGUUUUGCCCAGUAAAAAAUAUAUAUCUCAAUGGUCUUUGAUUAGACGAUUUGUAAAUCAGCCUCCAAACAGGACCAUUCUUAUCUCUCACAUCUGCCACCCUCUUCCUCUCUCAGCUAAAAUCUUGUUUAAACCUACUUCCUCUCGCCAGCAGUGUACGGGGUUUGCAAAUACAGGCAGGGUUCCGUGGCUUGCGCUUGGCGUUUUUUGUUGCAAUGACUUUGUAUCGAUCGCCAUGCCCCAGUACUGGAUUCGGAAGACCACAUGCUGCAAUUUGCUGCAACACUUUUGCGCACUGUACAAAAAUAGCGGUCAACUAAUAAUCGAUUGAAUUUAAACUUCUGCGUAUUACUUUUUUUCUCGUUUCAAUUAUGAUUAUCAUCUUUUCCAGCCGUUUGUAAAUAAAAGGGAAGAGGACAAGGAAGAAGAACACUAAAAGCCCAUUGGCUACAUCCAAUAGCCAAAUGCUAUUAAACCUGUUCACCAUCGAUUACUUCUUUGGAAGUAGGUACUGAAAUAAGUUUCAGGAGAGUGGCUAACAGCCACGGCCAGUGGUGUGCAGAUUGUGGCCUCCGAGGGGCUCAAAGGAGGGAUGCCUUCCCCCCAUGGUGGAGUGCUGUCACUGGGCAUCCUCUUCAUGACGGUGGGGGGCUUGAUGUUCCUGUGUGUGGGUCAGAUGGUGACCUGGUUUGGUCUGGCGCUGGGCCUGGUUGGAUUCUUCCUGAUGGUGCUGGGGGUGUAUAUGGCGAUGAAGUCUCACCAUGUGGCUGUCCCAGGUCACUUUUUGCUACACCCACGCACUGGUACACGCUACAGUCAUCACCAGGCCAUCAGCCUUCAGAGGAGGCUGGACAGGAUCCGCAGGGCGGUGUCAGAGGACAGAGAAUCAGCAAACCCUCCCCCACCAGAGCCCAAUUUGAACAUUGUCCCGGGAACGCCCCCACCCUGGGACAUGGAGCCUCCACCCUCUUAUGAGACAGUCAUGAAGAGUGCCCUGGGCAACGUCCAGCACCUCUGACCCCUCAGUCCCCCUAUUACUCAACACAGUGCCUUUGCUAUUUUUCAUUGUAGCUGGACACAAUUCGUUGGAACUUAUGUUUGAAAACAGAACUUUAUGAACUCAUAAAAGAGUUGGUAACAGUCUGACUGAUGCAUUUGGACAAAAAAAUGAUACUCUCAGAGGGUCAUAACGGUGCUGGUUUUAUAGCCUUCACACAGGAAGCAGUCAUUAACCCAGUCACUGGUGAUUUAACUGCUUGGACUAUUUAAAGAUUUCAAACUUUUCCCACAUCAGAUGGAGAAGGAAAACCAAGAUAUAAUCGUAAUGGGAAUCAGCAAGUCCUAGCUAAUGGGACUACCAACUCUAUAACAAGAAGAGCUAAUGAAAAAGUUGGCACAUAAUACAGCAUACGCCAUCCAUUGUGUUUUGGGGGGUGAGGGUUAUGGGUAUUUUGUGGUUUGCAUCUGGGAUUUCCAAAAACACUAGGUCAGCACAGACCCAGUAAGCUCCAGUCCUCCUUCGACAUUCCUCAUUUCUACCAUUCCUCAAGUUCUCUCCUGUGCAUAAUUGUCUGUCAGUAAGUGGAAUACUUCAUGGUUGCUGACAUUGGGUAAUUAGCAGACUAUUUUUUAGAGAACCAAGGAAUCUCAGAUUUCAUUAAAAUGAAAUGUACUGUACAUACAUUUCCUUUGGUCAUACCUGAGCCCUUGAGCAGUUCGGUCUGCUAGUUAUGAACUGAUCAGGAUUUCAACCAUGACCAUUUAAUUCCAGUUCUUAUCAAGUGGAACAUGGAUUAUUGCACUGGGAGUAUGGGUUUCUGUCUUUUAGUCUUCUCAUGAUUUUUUAUUCAACAUGAAAAACCAACUUCCCUGUAUUUAUUUCUUACUUAUGUUUCACUAGGUAAUCUGUCUAACAAUUCAUGCAGCUAAAAUAUUGAUAAUCAUUGUAUGAAUGGAAAAAGUACACUUUUUAAGGCAGGAUUUAUUAGGAUAAUUGAGAAAAAUAAGUAUUUAAGAGUUUGUGCCUCCGAAUGUGUUUUCUGAAUUUGCUGUAUUAUGUACAGUCAUUCUGAAUGGUCUAUAAUAUGAACAUUCACCAAUGAACAUAAGUAAAUUACAUAUGACAUGCAUUGGCUCAAGGAUGGUGCUUUCGUAUAAAUACAGGUAAAUGUAUGUCAAAGAAAUGACAUAAACACUAUUGGUGAGUUUCACAGACACAGAUUAAGCUUAGUCCUUGGCCUAAAUUCAUUUUGAAUGGGGAUUCUCCAUAUAAAACACAUUUCAGUCCAGGACUAAGCUUAAUUUGUCUGUGAAACCAGCCCAGUGUUGAAUUGAUCACUAGCUAUUAUCGUUCAUAAUAUAAUACAGCUCAAAGAUUAACUGAACUAUAAUGUAUGCAAUUACAGAACAACCAGAAGUUCUCUAAGCAUGGUCAAUAGCUGCAUUUUAUGCCCUGUUCAAAUGUAAGACACUGCUGUUUUUCAGCAGGCAGCAGGUGAAGGUGAAUGGGAGACAGGGCCUCUAGAAGGGGCUGCCCAGGGCAAGGUUACCUGGCCAAGUCUCAUUACAGGUGCAGUGAUAUCAGUAACUUCGCAGCUCAUUGGCACUUGGCACAGUCAGUCAAAUUCAGCUUAAUGAAGCAUUGCCCUUCCCUGGUUCCUUUUCACCUCUGCUGCACUGGCGUAAUGUCACAGAGCACAGAAGACAGGGAUCUCAGUGUGUCUCUGCCCUGAUGACCUGCCCUUGUAGGACCUGACCGCUUUGCUCCUGAGCAGCACCUCUGGA